AGAGUUGGCGGAUUUCGGACAGCGAAGAGGGCGAAAUGGAGAUAUGAGGUCUGAAAAGGAGCAGAGGACAGGCAGCAGGGAGAGAGGAAGCGUCGAAAUCCAGUUCAGGGACUGUCAGGACAACGCCGCUGUGAACCCCAAGCACAAGGAGGAGAAAAAGGAGAUCUUCAGCAAGGUCGUCAUCCGCCGACUGCCACCCAGUCUAUCAAAAGACCAGCUCCAGGAGCAUCUGAGUCCUCUUCCAUCUUUUGACUAUUUUGAGUUCUUUCCUGCUGAUCAGAGCUUAUACCCUCAUCUCUUCUCAAGAGCAUACAUAAACUUCAAAAACCCAGAGGAUAUCAUUAUAUUCAGAGAUCGCUUUGAUGGCUAUGUAUUUAUUGACAAUAAAGGUCAAGAAUAUCCGGCUGUUGUAGAAUUUGCCCCAUUUCAGAAGGUUUCCAAGAAAAAGCUAAAGAAGAAAGAUGCGAAAGCUGGGACCAUUGAAGAAGACCCAGAAUACAGGCGAUUUCUGGAAAACUACUCUUGUGAUGAGGAGAAAUCGAUGGCCAACCCAGAAACGCUUUUGGGAGAGAUUGAAGCUAAAACCCGAGAGCUCAUAGCCAAAAGGACGACACCCUUGCUGGAAUACAUCAAAAACAAGAAAUUAGAGAAACAGAGAAUAAGAGAAGAAAAAAGAGAAGAGAGGCGAAGAAGAGAACUGGAAAAGAAGAGGCAGAGGGAAGAGGAGAAGAGGAAACGCAGAGAAGAGGAGAGACAAAAGCGGAAGGAGGCAGAAAAGCAGAAAAAGCUCUCUGAGAAAGAGAUAAAGAUCAAGCUUUUGAAGAAGUGUGACCGAGACGAUGACGUGGAUUCAGACAGACUGAAAGAUAAAGGAGACAGUGGAGAGACGGAGAAGAACAGAUGGGAAAAGCCUGGAGGACACACUAAGUCAAAGGAUUCAAAGGAUAAUAGGAGCCAAAUGGAAAAUGACAAGGAGCAGCGUGAGGGCCACGGCCGACGGCAGAGGGACAAAGAUCACCGUGGCCGAGAUGAGGAACGUAAACGACAGAGGCAUCACUACGAAUUUGACAAGUUCAUGCGACGCAAGGAAGAGACCAAAUGGGGCAAAGGCUACUGCCAGGACAGGGCCAAGAAAGACCAACACCAUGGCUAUUCCUACUGCCCAGAGACUGGAGACAAACUGGGCAAAGAGGACCGAGAGGACAUGGGCAGCAGGAAAGAACGCAUCCGCAAUAAGUCUGUGUUAGUGCAUCAGGAGAAAAGGACUUCCCAGUCUGAGGGGCCAGACCAGAUAGGAGGGGCUCUGCCAGCAAAGGACCGACCGGCAAUGCAACUGUACCAACCAGGUGCUAGAAACCGCAAACGCAUGGGCUCUGGAAACAAGACAUUUGACUUCCCGCCGAUCUCUCCCGAACAUGCAGGAGAACACUGCUACAAAACAGUCAUUGGUACAGGCUCUGAAAAGAGUGCUGACGAGUGAAAAAACAAAACACUAUUGACAGGAAGAUGCCUAAGCAAGGGUCACACCAGUGUAGAAAAAAAACACUAAACCUCAACCUUGUUUUCUGUCAUGUGUGAGUACAGUGCAUUGAAAUCCCCUCUUAAUAUUUUCUACACAACAACGUCAACGGUGUCAUAAACGAUCGGCUUCUGUUUGCUUGUCAAGGAUUCACAACCACUCCAUUGAGAAAAAUACCUCAUUAUUUACAAAGAUCGGAUUUGUAUGCCUUUUUGUAGUGCAAGACUCCAUUGAUCAAGAGAAUUAAUAUAUAUCUA